AUGCAGGCCGCACGUCUCUCGUCUCGCGCCUUCAAGGCUGCUGGCAGCAAGCAGAGCCGCAGCCUCCACAUGACGGGUCCCGCAACCUACUCAAAUCUCCUCACCUCUGAGCGUCCCGCAAUGAACCAUCCCCAGAGCCUCGCUGGUCUGCGCUACGAGUGCCAGGUGCUCAAGCUCCCCACCACCGGCUCCAAGGUAGAGCUUCAAUCCCGUCUCUCCGCACACGAACUCACAAACGGCGCUCGCACCUUCAGCACCGCGGGCAACGACUCAAAACGACCGCUCGUAGGCGCGCCCGUCACCGGCCACUCCUUCCGCCACUUCAACACAAGCCGCGAAAUGAAGUCACCCAACGACAGCUCCACGAUCGACUUCGCCUUCAUCCCCGACUUCGACCCUGAUCUCGGAAGUUCCCCCGUCGGUAUCCGGGUACCCAUUCUCCCCACAACCACCACGCCGAAUCCGAGCUACACGUUCGCGUCUGCGAUCGAGGCCGCGGAGGCAGAGGAGGAGUACUCUACGAGGCUCCCCAUGAUCCACACCGUGUCCGCACACGUCCACGCCCCCGCUGCCAUGUCUGAAGUCCACGACAACAACACCAUCGAUUUCCAGGGCAUGGCUUUCGAGGUUGCGAGCAAGCUCAAGCGCCCCGUAGAGGAGGGUGCCUCGAUGGCGCGCCAGAUUUGGGGCGGUCUCGUUGAUGACGUUCUAGGCCCCAAGGGCAAGCCCGCUUAA